GAGAGAAGAGAUAUGCGUAAUCCCAUCUCCAUUUCUACCCGACUCUCUCCCUAUCACUCACUCUUGCUUCGUUUUCAAUAGCCUGCUGCUGCUGGUUUGGUAAUUCUAAGUCUGAACAAGGCACAAAGCACCACUCUCCUAUGUCAAAAGGGAACCAUUAUUAUUGAAGUGAUUCAAAGUUGUCUCCUUUGCCUUCCCCACCUUCUAAAAGAACCCAUGGCUUCUUUUUCCCUCAUUUCCACGUUUUCACUAUUUUUCUCUUUCGCUACAUUUCAUCGUUCCCUCGCCGGUUUCCUAGCUCAACCGGUUCCCAUAGGAUACUCAUCCCCGAACACGGUCCCCGCACUUCCUGCUGAAACCCAAGCUCAAAUUUGCCGGCUUGACUUGUCGGCCGAGCUAUUCGGCGGUGUCAGCGACGCCUGUGGACACAAUCUAGACAGGAGCCGCUGCUGUCCCGUCUUAGCAGCGUGGCUCUUCGCUGCUCACGCCAGGUAUGCUUUACAGGUCUCGGCUCCUGCUCCAGAAGAAUCUCAGCUGCCGGACCAGCCCAUGAGGCCGGACGAUUCGCAAAAGUGUGUGAACUCGUUACAAAGCGCAUUGUUAAGCAAGCGCGUGAGGGUUCCUCAACCGAACGCCACUUGUGAUGCGAUUCUUUGUUUUUGUGGGAUAAGGCUACACCAGAUUAGUUCCUUGAGUUGCCCGGCUGCGUUUAACGUUUCCGGUCACCGGAACGCGACACCUACGGCUGCCGUGAAGAAUUUGGAGAGAAAUUGCAGGAACUCUUCUUAUGCCGGGUGUACAAAAUGCCUCGGCGCUCUUCAAAAGCUCAAAGGUGGACACAACAAGCAAGACAGGAGCACGACCGAGAGAGCCAACAAGAUGUUCAGCAGAGACUGCCAGCUAAUGGGGCUAACUUGGCUACUCGCGCGCAACAAAACGGCGUACAUACCCACCGUUUCGGCCGUACUGCGAGCCAUAAUGUACAGUACGCACCCUCACGAGUCCAAGUGCAGCCCGGAUCAAGAGAACAUGCCCUUAGCCGUUGAUUCUCUUCAGUUCGAGAAAGCACAGUCGUCGGCACCAAUCUCACCACCGUUGUGGGCGUCUUCUGCGGCGGCCCUGAUUCUGCCCCCUAUGAUUUUGGUUUUAGUAUUCGGGUAGCCUCCACUGGUGAUGGUUACUAUUCUUUUUGUAGUCGUCUGAGACUGUCGGGGAAUCACGUGAAGCUUUCUAAGCUAGCAGACAGAAAGAAACGGGCUAAUGCGGGGUCGUCUUUGUCUUCUUGUCCACUGUAAAUUUCAGCUCGUUCUCAGAUUUGUUUGAAAUGAUGUGACAGACGAGGUCGAGAAGAAGGAACGAUUUUCCAUUAAUAUGUAGCUAUGAUUAUUCAACUUU